GUUGCUUAUGAGCAUAUCCAAAAACCCAAUUUCUAAUGAAGAUGGGAACAAAAGGGAGGAGGUCUGCAAUGGCCUCUCUCAUCACCACUGUCCUACUGGCAGUAGUGUCUCUGAGCUUGCCAUUAGAAACCACAGCAAACUACAAUUACUCAUCUCCACCUCCUCCCAAGAAGUCCCCUCCACCACCUCCUCCUCCUUACUACUACAAAUCACCACCACCUCCUCCGCCAGUGCAUUACUCACCACCAUCACAUCCUUACAAAUACAAAUCUCCACCUCCACCGCCACCAGUUUACAAGUACAAAUCACCACCACCACCACCUCCUCCGGUUUACAAAUAUAAGUCUCCACCACCGCCACCACCCAAGAAACCCUACAAGUACUCAUCUCCUCCUCCACCACCCUACAAGUACAAGUCUCCACCUCCUCCUCCUCCAGUUUACAAAUACAAGUCUCCACCACCUCCACCACCCAAGAAGCCGUACAAAUACUCAUCUCCUCCCCCACCACCUUACAAAUACAAGUCUCCACCUCCUCCUCCUCCGGUUUACAAAUAUAAGUCUCCACCUCCACCACCCAAGGAGCCCUACAAAUACUCAUCUCCUCCCCCACCACCAUAUAAGUAUAAGUCUCCACCUCCUCCUCCUCCAGUUUACAAAUACAAGUCUCCACCACCGCCACCACCCAAGAAGCCUUACAAAUACUCAUCUCCACCCCCACCACCAUACAAGUACAAGUCUCCACCUCCUCCUCCUCCAGUUUACAAAUACAAGUCUCCACCACCUCCACCCAAGAAGCCUUACAAAUACUCAUCUCCUCCCCCACCACCCUAUGAGUACAAGUCUCCACCACCUCCUCCUCCAGUCUACAAAUAUAAGUCUCCACCACCGCCACCACCCAAGAAGCCUUACAAAUACUCAUCUCCUCCUCCACUACCCUACAAGUACAAGUCUCCACCUCCUCCUCCUCCAGUCUACAAAUAUAAGUCUCCACCACCGCCACCACCCAAGAAGCCCUACAAAUACUCAUCUCCUCCUCCACCACCUUACAAGUACAAGUCUCCACCUCCUCCUCCUCCAGUUUACAAAUAUAAGUCUCCCCCACCACCACCACCACCGUCACACCAUUAUUACUACUCUUCGCCUCCUCCUCCCCACCACUACUAAGGAAUGACUAUGAUAGUUCUAAGGAAAGGGGAGCAUCACAAUAAAGAAAGUGUUGUCGAGCUUUUUAUAGAGUUAGAGAAUGAAAGCGACACCGAGAGAAAGAAGAAGAAGAAGAAUAACAAAGCAAGUAAAAAGAUGGGUUCUCAUGUUGUUUUGAUUUAUUUCGAUAUAGUUUGUCUUGUAGUAUAAUAUUGCACUGGUCCAUGCAUGUAUGUCUGUGUGUGUGUUAGACCGAUCUGUUUGUGUAUGAAUGUCUUUGACCUCUUGAUAACUUCAGAGGUCAUUCAUAUAAUAAAAUGCAAGUAUUUGUCAAA